GCUGGGGAGAGAAAAUAGAGCGAGAAGGGGCGGGGCCGAGAAUGCGCGCGUUCUGGGCGGGGGAGGAGGCGAGCUGGGGAGCGCCGCGUCACGUCCGGUGGAGGUAGAGCCGGUGCGGAGGCGGCGCGGAACGCUUCAGUUGUGAGCGGGUCGGAAACCGGUGCGUCGUGUGAGGCUGCAGCGGAGCCUCCGUAAGAAGGCGCAAGAGGUUGGCAGCUUCACUGAAGCACAUCGAGCGGCGACAGCAGCCAGGAGUCAUGAGCGACAGCGGCGAACAGAACUACGGCGAGCGGGAAUCCCGUUCUGCUUCCAGAAGUGGAAGUGCUCACGGAUCGGGGAAAUCUGCAAGGCAUACCCCUGCAAGGUCUCGCUCCAAGGAAGAUUCCAGGCGUUCCAGAUCAAAGUCCAGGUCCAGAUCUGAAUCUAGGUCUAGAUCCCGAAGAAGCUCUCGAAGGCAUUAUACAAGGUCACGGUCUCGUUCCCGCUCCCAUAGACGAUCUCGGAGCAGGUCUUACAGUCGAGAUUAUCGUAGACGUCACAGCCACAGCCAUUCUCCCAUGUCUACUCGCAGGCGUCAUGUUGGGAAUCGGGCUAAUCCUGAUCCCAACUGUUGUCUUGGAGUAUUUGGGUUGAGCUUGUACACCACAGAAAGAGAUCUAAGAGAAGUGUUCUCUAAAUAUGGUCCCAUUGCAGAUGUGUCUAUCGUAUACGACCAGCAGUCUAGGCGUUCAAGAGGAUUUGCCUUUGUAUAUUUUGAAAAUGUAGAUGAUGCCAAGGAAGCUAAGGAACGUGCCAAUGGAAUGGAGCUUGAUGGUCGUAGGAUCAGAGUUGAUUUCUCUAUAACAAAAAGACCACAUACCCCAACACCAGGAAUUUACAUGGGAAGACCUACCUAUGGCAGUUCACGCCGUCGGGAUUAUUACGACAGAGGGUAUGAUCGAGGCUAUGAUGAUCGAGACUACUAUAGCAGGUCAUACAGGGGAGGAGGUGGAGGAGGAGGAGGAUGGAGAGCUGCUCAAGACAGGGAUCAGAUUUAUAGAAGGCGGUCACCUUCUCCUUACUAUAGUCGUGGAGGAUACAGAUCACGUUCCAGAUCUCGAUCGUAUUCACCUCGUCGCUAUUGAAGCAUGAAGCUGAAGACUUUCUGAAACCUACCCUACAGCUGGGAUAUUGUUUGUGGACAAUAUUUUUUAUUGUCUCGUUUAAAAAGUGAACAGUGCCUAGUGAAGUUAGGUGACUUUUACACCUUUUAUGAUGACUACUUUUGGUGGAGUUGAAAUGCUGUUUUCAUUCUGCAUUUGUGUAGUUUGGUGCUUUGUUCAAAGUUAAGUGUUUUCAGGAAAGUAUGUUUUGCAUGUAUUUUUUUACAGUCUAAAUUUUGACUGCUAAGAAGUUUCUAUUGUACAAAACUUCAUUUAAAAGGGUUUUUUACUGAAUCCAGGGUAUACUGAAGAUCGAAGCCUGUAUAAAAUGCUACCAAAUGGCAAAAAGCAACAAUAAACAGUUUGAUUUUUACUUUUCUUUCUAACAUAUCAGUGCUUAGCAGAACUGUUCAGAUUUUGUUGUCAGUAGUAAAUUUAAAGAUAAGAUGGCCGUUUUCUUCAGUCCAUGAAACAUACCAUACUUAAUAUACCUGCAACUAAGUGUUAAAAAUUAUGCUCUGUAACUCUGUACUGCUAGUGUUAGAACUAAAAAUCUUCCAAUACAACAAAUGCUUAAUGGCUUAUAUUAAUGUGGAUUUGUCAGCCUCUAUGUAAUCUGUAAUAACAUAUAUAGCAGGGAGUAAGAAGAGUUGCCCAAUAUAUGCCUUCAAAGGCUAUUUCUUAAAACUGUUAAAAGGGUAUAAUGGUAUUUCAAACAGCAAGUAACAAUACAUUCCACCACAAAUGUACUCUUGUUCUUCUAGCUUUAGACCAUAUGAAAAAACUGGGUGCUCCAAAGUAUGGGAUAAGAGAAGGGAACACUACACCUGUGUCAUGGAUGAACUGAAGACUUUGCCUGUUCAUAUUAUUUUCAGGUCCUUUGCUUACCAAAGGAAGCCCAAUUUCACUCAAAUGUUUUGAGAACUGUGUUUAAAUAAAUGCAAAUGAAAA